AGAAGUUAAGAAACAAACAAAAAUUUAGCAAUGGCUGUCUCUCUUCAACAUCGUAGGUUGUUGUUGAUUUUGUUUUCAUGGAUGUUCAUAAUGAUGGGAAAGCCAGCAACAGUAGCGGGUUUAUUUCAGCCGAGUCAGUGGACACAAGCCCAUGCCACAUUUUAUGGUGACGAGAGUGCUUCAGCCACCAUGGGAGGAGCGUGUGGAUAUGGAAAUUUGUUGAUAAACGGUUAUGGGACAGACACAGCAGCUUUGAGUUCUACAUUGUUCAACGAUGGAUACGCAUGUGGGACAUGUUACGAGAUACAGUGUGUGGAAUCCAGUGCGUGUUUUUCCAAUGUGCCUUACACCACAGUGACUGCCACCAAUAUCUGCCCUCCUAAUUGGGCCGAGGCCUCUGACAACGGAGGGUGGUGCAACCCACCUCGUCCACAUUUCGACAUGUCCAAGCCCGCUUUCAUGAAAAUCGCACAGUGGAAAGCUGGAAUCGUUCCUGUUAUGUACCGAAGAGUGGCUUGCGUGAAGAGUGGUGGACUACGAUUUUCUUUCCAGGGAAAUGGGUAUUGGUUAUUGGUGUAUGUGAUGAAUGUGGGAGGAGGAGGAGACAUUUCAAACAUGUGGGUGAAAGGAAGUGGAACCGAGUGGAUCAGCAUGAGCCACAAUUGGGGAGCUUCUUACCAGGCUUUUGCAACAUUGAGUGGUCAAUCUCUUUCGUUUAAGGCAACCUCUUACACCACCAAAGAAACCAUAAUAGCUUGGAAUGUUGCUCCCACCAACUGGGGCGUAGGAUUAACGUAUUCCUCCAACGUCAAUUUCAGUUAAACAUCACACACCAUCCUUUUUAUUUACUUCAUUUCAUCUCCACGCUUUUUUUUUUCUUAUCUCACAAAUGUUACGGAGACAUUCUCUUUUUCUUUUUCCUAGUUCAAACAAACAAACCACCAAUGUUGUCACACUGCUGGCACAAUGAGAAUUUCUUCCACCGGUCAAAUAUUUAGAAUCAUUAAAAAUUAUGAGUAGUUUUGUUUACUCAUACAGACAUAUAUGUUGCACGCACGUGUUGCUGGAUCGAACAAGAAAAUCUCCUCACGUAUCUUGUUUUUCACGUCUCACUCGAUGACUCACUGCUGCUUUCUUUUUCUGAUCUUACGUUAUACUUUUUUUGCAAAUUUGGAAUUAAUUAGUUAUUUUGGUA